AUGUUCAUGAUCAUUCGAGAGCCGGCAUCCGGGGCAGCCGCUGGAGCGAUGAGCGUGCCACCGGAGAGGAGCGCGAAGCAGGUGCAGGCUGCCAUCAAGAAGAAGGUGGAGAAGCAAAAGAAGCGAACCAACGACCAGGGCGGGGGUGGCGGGGGUGGCGGAGACGCUCAAGCUGCUGCUCGCAAUCAAAAAUCCAAAUUACCCCCGAUGACGGCAGCAGAGGCGGGUGAGGACAGCGAAGCGCUGGAGGAACAGCUGGAGGAGUUGAUGGAGGGACCGCGGAGGAGAGAGAAGGAGAAGGAGAAGGAAGAGGAGCCCGUCGACCUGCUGCCCAUAGUGGACUCGGUGUUUGGACAGCGGGUGAUACACUGGCGCUUCCAUCGUAAGGUGAGGGCAAUGAGCCAGCAGCUGGAGGGAGAUGAGGAUUUGGAUGUAGAGGAUAAACCGUUCAAGGAGUCCCUCGGUGCGCUGGUGAAGAACUGCAACAUGCUGCACAACAUCGUCGGCCCGGCCUGCAUCUUCCUUAAACAGGGCUUUGCUAGGACGCUCUUUGACUCUAAUGGUGAUGGCCAGAUCAGUUUAACGGAGUUGCGUGAGGCCAUGAAGAAGCUGAUGGGAGAACAAGUGACUAACAGAGAGAUCAACGAGAUCCUCAAAGACGCUGACCUGAACGGAGAUGGCCUGGUGGACUUUGAAGAGUUUGUGCGAAUGAUGUCCCGCUGACCAGUCCACGUGUCAGACAGACAUUAUGCAACUGCUGGCUAAGCAUCACACUACUCUGUAGUGGACAUCCUUCAUUUGCUCUCAAGAGCGUGCAUCUCAAAUUAUAUUUUUGUAUUAAAAAGUAAUGAAACAAAAAAAACUGUUGUAGCUAACAAAGACUGCACAUGUACGAAUUUAAAGGUGUAAUAUGCACAGUAGAUAAAUAUGUCAAACAUAUCAGCGGCUUCACAUUUACGAUUUUCAGUUUUUUAGAUGUAUUUUUAUAUGAGUGUUUGUUCUUCGAGUGUAAACGCUUGUUUGUAAAAUCAUAGACUUGUUUUUAAUUAAUAAAACAUAUAUAA